AUGUCGGCACGAUAUCGAGUGCAGAGCUUGAUGGAAGGCCCUGAUGUUCCUUCCGUGCAGGGCCGCAAGGAGGAGGUGACCAUCAGGGCUGAGCUCGUGAACAUCCCGGGCCCGCUCUGCCAGUUUCUGCUGGAGCCCACAGGCAUAUUGGAAGCCCAAGCCUAUGCCAAAGGCAUGGGGGGCGCUGCGGUGCCGAAGGACAAGGCCGCGGUGAUGCUCCGAUGGAGCGCCCACGGCGCGGCGUCCUUCUGGCUGAGCUGCACCGGCUCCAAGCAAGGUCGCAUUGCAUGGUGGAUGUGCCGGAACCCUCCAAAGAAUGUGGCAGGGCGAUCUUUCGGGUAA